AUGUUGGAAACACAGGAAUCUCAAGCUCAAUUCCAGGUGCCAAAUACUCCAAAUAGAUCUCUACUGCCACCUACUUCACGUCUCGAAACACCUACAACUUCAUAUUCAGAUUCCCAGCAGAUAACUUCAGAGGUGACUGGCGAGAAUUUAUGGGAGCAUCUAAAUAAAAGGGUAUUGGAAAUUUCAAGCAUGGAAAAACCCACAACAUCAGCAAUUAUCAUGUUGAAACAGUACGUAGAGGCAUGGAGCUAGAAAAGCCAAUCCACUGAAAUUUUGGGAACUUCGCAAAAUCACCAACAGCGGCCUUUAUAAAAUAGCUUUGAAGUAUUUAUGUAUUCCAGCCACUUCUGUGCCUUCUCUAAGGCUGGUCUUUUAUGCAAGCAACGCCGCAAUAGACGAGUCCAAG